AGCAGGGGCUCAGUGGGAGCUGCAGAGGGUCCUGGAUCUGACCUGAUUUGUCAGUUCGAUGAAGUCACUGAAGUGUCGCUCCUCUCGGGAAUUGCUGGUCAUAAUUCAGCAAUCAUGGUUGAAGCAGGGAUUCACUGUUUCAGGUUUUGCUGAAAGAAAAAUAGAAGUGCAUAAUGGAUUUAUCAGGAGUGCAAUUUCACAUCUAAACACAUUUGAAGAGGCUCUGAUUGUCCUGGACUCUCGUCAUGGCUUAUCCCGAACAUUUUGAUUGGCUGAAAGAAACCAUCAGUUUGUUUCCAGGUUUGCCAGGGUUUUCCAGCAUGUUUGGGAAGAAGAAGAAACGGCUGGAGAUCUCCGCUCCGUCUAAUUUUGAGCAUCGGGUCCACACGGGCUUCGACCCGCGGGAGCAGAAGUUCACCGGGCUGCCGCAGCAAUGGCAGAGCCUCCUGGCGGACACUGCCAACCGGCCCAAGCCCAUGGUGGACCCCUCCUAUAUCACCCCCAUCCAGCUGGCACCAAUGAAGAUAUCUCCCAAGAAAGUCCGGUCAUCCGAAACGCCGUUGCCCAAAACCAUCGUUCGAGGUAACCGGCCACCCAAAGAUGCAUCCAUCAAUGGCCUCCUAGAAGAGUUCGACAACAUCUCAGUGACACGCUCCAACUCCCUGCGUAAAGAGAGUCCACCGGGUCCCCACCAGGCUGGAAGCAGCUCCAAACCCUCAGGCAGUGGUCAUCCCAACGCCCCGGAGGAGAACGGAUUCAACCACUACUACUCCCGCUACUCCUGUGACUUAGACACCGCCAGCAGGGACUUCUCUCUGGACCCUGGCAAGCCGAGCUUCUCCAUAGAUGGGGACUGGGCAGUGGGGAGGCACUAUCGAUUCACCAAGCAGAAUGGCCACUCGCACCCCAUACGCAGCCCCUUCUACCCAGACGCCAUGCCCCAAAAAUCAGACUAUGGCAAAAUGCCGCCGGACUACCACACCUACCUGGAGAGCAAAGGGCGCUCAGUCGAUGAAGUGGCCUCCACCGUGGGGAGCGGGGUGGGUUCCAGUGGCUACUAUCGGGCGUCUGUGGGGGGCUCGUCCAGUCAGGACUACCGGGACACUUCAGUGGGCACGCCAUCUCGUGCUUCACUACACAGUGAGCAGAUCAACUACCCAGACAGUGAGUGGAGCUAUGGUGGCCUGCGGGACGAAUACGAAAAGCGACCCAAGAGUUCCUAUGUGACGCAGACAAGCCCUACGCCAGCUAUCAGGCAGCGAUCUCGGUCAGGCUCCGGGCUGCAGGAGCCAAAUGUCCCCUAUGCAGCCAGCGGCGCUUUCAAGCACCCUGCACAGGCCCAUCCAUACAGCUCCUACACCUACCCUCGCCUCUCGGAGAGUCUCGCUAACUCACAGACCAUAGCUAAGGGUGACUACGAGCGUCCAUCACGUGACGGCAGUCCCCAGGUUAUGGGCAUUGACACCUACCCCCGAGGGCCUCUUAAGCUACCUCAGAGCCAUACCAAGCCACCAGGCUACCCCCCAGCACACUUACCCUACCCCCCUGUCUUUCACCAUUACAAACCCUCACCCUACCAUCACCCUCCCUCCCAGCCGAGCCCACCGUACACCCCUCAGGGGGCGUACUCACAGCCUUCAUCACCUUACAUCCCCCCGGGGGCCUAUCCCCCUCCUUCCUGGGGUUCUAGCUCGGAUACCCAACCCUCUAGAGUCUCCCACGAGCAGUUCAGAGCUGCACUUCAGCUGGUGGUCAACCCAGGCGACCCUCGGGAAUACCUGGACAGCUUUAUCAAGAUCGGCGAGGGCUCCACGGGUAUUGUGUGCAUCGCCAGCGAGAAACACAGCGGCAAGCAGGUGGCUGUUAAGAAGAUGGACCUCAGGAAACAGCAGAGGAGAGAGCUGCUCUUCAAUGAGGUGGUGAUUAUGAGGGACUACCAUCAUGAGAACGUGGUGGACAUGUACAACAGCUACCUGGUGGGAGACGAGCUGUGGGUCGUGAUGGAGUUCCUGGAGGGUGGGGCACUCACUGACAUUGUGACUCACACCAGGAUGAACGAGGAGCAGAUUGCUACAGUGUGUCUGUCGGUGCUGAGGGCUCUGUCCUACCUGCACACACAGGGCGUCAUUCACCGCGACAUCAAGAGCGACUCCAUUCUCCUGACCAGCGAUGGCAGAAUCAAGUUAUCAGACUUCGGCUUUUGUGCCCAAGUUUCCAAAGAGGUGCCCAAGAGGAAGUCCCUCGUGGGCACGCCGUACUGGAUGGCACCAGAGGUCAUCUCUAGACUACCUUAUGGGACAGAGGUGGAUAUUUGGUCUUUAGGCAUCAUGGUGAUUGAGAUGGUGGAUGGAGAGCCCCCUUACUUCAAUGAGCCCCCUCUGCAGGCCAUGAGGAGGAUACGAGACAACCUGCCUCCUCGGCUAAAAGAAUCACACAAGGUGUCCUCGGUGCUGCGAUCCUUCCUAGACCUGAUGCUGGUGAGGGAGCCGUCUCAGAGAGCCACAGCCCAGGAGCUCCUCCAGCACCCCUUCCUCAAGCUAUCGGGUCCUCCUUCCUGCAUCGUCCCCCUCAUGAGACACUACCGCCACCGCUGACCUGCCGGCCCACCCCUGCCCUUUUCCACACUGAAAACACACACAUAGCCUACUGUACACACACACAACCAGGGUGGCACUGCCCUCACCCAGCUCGGUGGCGAGCCACUAACACUCACACCUGUAACCGUGACGUAGAUUAGCUUGAGGAAUAUCUAAGAAAUAUGUUUUAAAAAACCACACACGACACAGAAAAGAAGAAAAAAAAGUCUACUAUUUUUAAAAUAUGAACUGGGGUAGAAGACUGUGCUGUGCCAGAGGAACUCAGUAGACAUCCAGUAGACACGUGUGAGCUGGCUCGCCCUGUUGCCGUCUUCUCUCAUACCAGACUGUGUCUAGCUCCGUGUAGAGUCGUCGUAGCCAUCAGUAAAAGCUACAGAGGGCCGCGGGCAAGGUGGAGGAAUCCUGGGAACUUGCUGCUCUGCUCAAGACCAGAGCAGCGGAGGGCAGAACAAUCGGCUACCUGCGGAGAGAGGUUUUAAACGUGUAGUGACUGUCACGCAGCUGCUGCAUCAUCAGUCCAUCUGAAGGACGGGCCGCGACUCCGCUGGUUGAACAGAGAUGGGGCUCUCUCUCUCUCUCUUCCAUCUCCUUCUUCUCACACACUAACAGUGAAAAUGUAUUUUAGAGAAACUUGUAAGUUUUUCUGUACAGUUUUGAUAAUUUGCAGUAUUUUAUUGUGUCGUAACCAUUGUGAUAUGAGCAGUAUUAAACAGAGUUUCUGCAGAGAUCUUUCCUACUGUUUAUAAUCCAGUUUUUGCUUAAAGAUAUGAGAUAUCCCAAAUAAACCCACCUAAACCUAACUGUUACUAAAAAUACUAAAUAUAUUUAUUAUCUUACAUUUGUAGACAGAACUUCCAUUAAAUGUUGGGAAAAAGGGUAAUGUCAGAAUUUUGUAUGAUGUUUUAAAGUAUUUAUUUAUUUAUUGGAAUUGAAGUUUUAUUUUUUGGUAGUGUGGCCUUUUUUUUGUUUAUUUGGUUUUGUUUGUUUGUUCUGGUUUUGAUUUACAUUUCUAAAAGCGUGUCAGCGGACAGUGAUAUCAGUUGUUAUUUCAUACAAGCAAUACCCCAAACCUAUUUAUGAAACCAUGAAGCCCUGAAUUUAUGAUACUGUAAUUACACCAUGCAUUUAAAUGUAGCACAGACUUAAGAAAAAAAAAAAAAGAUUUACUCUACGCAGAUGUGUUUUCUUUAAUAUUAGGAGGCUCAUCCUGUUUCUCUAAACGCUAAGAGGCGCCCAUCCAAGACGCCUGCGUACCGCACAGAUUUUAGGACGCUGAUAAAAGGUCUCGUUUUCUACUCACAUCGUCACUGUCAUCAUCUCACUCCUUAUCCCACCUCCGUCAGAGACACACUCGCUAUCACUGGAACUGUGCUGCCAUUCUCAUCUCUGGUUGGACCGGGAGAACAGUGUAAUCCUCCUCCCUGCGUCGUUUUUUACCCAUCAUUCACUGUGAUAUGUAAAUAUGACUGUGUGUGUGUGAGUGUGUGUCAGUGUAUGUCAAACAGCAGAAGAGGUAGAGCGUGUUUAUCUCUGUACAACAUCUGAAAGUGUGUGUGCGAGUGUGUGUGUGUGUGUGUGCCUCUGGCUAAUCCUUGACAAUGUGUCAGGACUUGAAUGAGUAACACUUAUCUGUGGUGUUGGCUUGUACAGUGAUACUGCAUGUUUGUUAUCAGUAAAGCUGGUUUCAAUUAAAAA